AUGUCGGGAACAGAAACUAGCAAAUAUUUAACAACUAGACGUGAUUAUAAUGAAACUGUAAAAGCUUAUAUUGAGAGGGUUAGUAAAAAUAAGAUAAUAAAUUUCAUCUGUUGGACUGAGAUUGAUGAAAAAAUAGAAUUUGUUGAUACUGGUGGUUCUGGGGUUAUUACAAAGGCGAAAUGGAUAGAAAAGAAUAUAACUGUUGUGUUGAAGGCAGUGGCAGUUUCCGAAGAAACAAAUUCAGAUAAUGAUGAGUUUAUUAAAGAGUACGCAGAUCUCGGUAAUUUACGUUAUUAUCUGAGCAAAAAUACUAUAAAUUGGGAACAGAAGGUCGAUAUUGCAAGACAGGUUACCGGCGGUCUAUAUUUUUUACAUAAAAAUGAAAUUUUACAUCGUGACUUACAUACUAAAAAUGUGGUUAUCCAAAAAGAUGGAGAUGGUGUUAGAGCCAUUAUUACAGAUUUUGGACUUUCAAAAGUUCUUCCCCGUAAUAGCAAAUCAAAUCAGAAAAUUGGAGGAUGCGUACCAUUUGUAGCCCCUGAGAUAUUAAAUCAUAAUGCACCGCCUGAUUACAAGUCUGAUAUAUAUAGCCUUGGUGUAGUUAUGUGGGAAAUCACAAGCAAUGGUCGACCCCCAUUUAAAAAAUGUAGUAUCAAUGCCACAAAAGUUGCACUUCUUCAACUCUCACUCAAAAUAAUAGAAGGAACUCGAGAAAACCCCAUAAAUGGGACCACUAUCUCUUAUGUUGAGCUCUAUACAAAUUGCUGGGAUGGGAAACCAGAAUUACGGCCGGAGAUUGAAGAGGUAUAUAAAUCAUUGCAUAAAGAAGAGAUAAUAUCAGGUGAAAAAUGGAAAGAUUCAUCACAAUGUUGUAUUUCUGAUACUGAUAUCGGUCAAAUAACAUCCAGUGAGAAAAAACCUAAUAGGACCAAUGACGAAAAAAUUUUUAAUAAAAUGUCUGAGAUGUUUGGACAGCUUUCUACCGAAGAUCUUGAGAUGAUUGAACAACUUUCUGUUAAUAAUCCUGAAUAUGAAUAUUUAGCUGAUUCCUGA